GUCAGCAGCUCAGAGCCACGGCUGGAGCAAACACAACCUAGCUGGUGAUUCUGCGGCAGUCAGCACUGGCAUCGCUUUCCAGGGGAGGAGACUGUGCUCCUGCCUUAGGUGUCUUCCCAUCGGCAGGCCCUCCAAGAAAAGCACUGCACUAAGCAGAGAGUUCAGAGUCCACUGGAGAGGCAGCCGAGCACGGCCAGCGCGGACAGGCCUGAGAUGGAGUCCAGGCCCUAUGAAUUCCUUCUUCAGGGGGAAUGGAUAGCAAGGUCUCGGGCACCACCAGCAAUGGAGAGACCAAACCAGUGUGCCCAGGUGUGGAAAAGGCGGCGGAGGAUGGCGCCCUGCAGCGAGACCAGUGGAGCAACAAGAUGGAGUUCGUGCUGUCUGUGGCUGGGGAGAUCAUCGGGCUGGGCAACGUCUGGAGGUUCCCCUACCUCUGCUACAAAAACGGGGGAGGUGCCUUCUUCAUCCCCUACCUCAUCUUCCUCUUUACCUGCGGCAUUCCUGUCUUCCUUCUGGAGACGGCGCUGGGCCAGUACACCAGUCAGGGGGGCAUCACUGCCUGGAGGAAGAUCUGCCCCAUCUUUGAGGGCAUCGGCUACGCCUCCCAGAUGAUCGUCACCCUCCUCAACAUCUACUACAUCAUCGUCCUGGCCUGGGCCCUCUUCUACCUCUUCAGCAGCUUUACUGUCGACCUGCCCUGGGGGAGCUGCCGCCACGACUGGAACACGGAGCGCUGCGUGGAGUUCCAGAGGACCAAUGGCUCUCUGAAUGCGACCGCUGAGAAUGCCACCUCUCCCGUCAUCGAGUUCUGGGAGAGGCGGGUCCUGAAGAUCUCGGAGGGCAUCCAGCACCUGGGGGCCCUGCGCUGGGAGCUGGCCCUGUGCCUCCUGCUCGCCUGGGUCGUCUGCUACUUCUGCAUCUGGAAGGGCGUCAAGUCCACGGGCAAGGUGGUGUACUUCACGGCCACCUUCCCUUACCUCAUGCUGGUGGUCCUGUUGAUUCGAGGGGUGACGCUGCCCGGGGCAGCCCAAGGAAUUCAGUUCUACCUGUACCCAAACCUCACGCGUCUCUGGGACCCCCAGGUGUGGAUGGAUGCGGGUACCCAGAUCUUCUUUUCCUUCGCCAUCUGCCUAGGAUGCCUGACAGCCUUGGGCAGCUACAACAAGUACCACAACAACUGCUACAGGGACAGCAUCGCGCUCUGCUUCCUCAACAGCGGCACCAGCUUCGUGGCCGGGUUUGCCAUCUUCUCCAUCCUGGGCUUCAUGUCCCAAGAGCAGGGGGUGCCCAUUUCUGAAGUGGCUGAGUCAGGCCCCGGCCUGGCCUUCAUCGCCUACCCCCGGGCAGUGGUGAUGUUGCCCUUCUCGCCCCUCUGGGCCUGCUGCUUCUUCUUCAUGGUCGUCCUCCUGGGACUGGACAGCCAGUUCGUGUGCGUGGAAAGCCUGGUGACGGCGCUGGUGGACAUGUACCCCCGUGUGUUCCGCAAGAAGAACCGCAGGGAGGUCCUCAUUCUGGGGGUGUCUGUCACCUCCUUCCUCGUCGGGCUGGUUAUGCUCACAGAGGGCGGCAUGUACGUGUUCCAGCUCUUUGACUACUAUGCGGCCAGCGGCAUGUGCCUGCUGUUCGUGGCCAUCUUCGAGUCCUUCUGCGUGGCGUGGGCCUACGGAGCUGGGCGCUUCUACGACAACAUCGAGGACAUGAUUGGGUACAGGCCAUGGCCUCUCAUCAAAUACUGUUGGCUCUUCCUCACGCCGGCCGUGUGCACAGCCACCUUCCUCUUCUCCCUGAUCAAGUACACCCCGCUGACCUACAACAAGAAGUACAAGUACCCGUGGUGGGGCGAUGCCCUGGGCUGGCUCCUGGCCCUCUCCUCCAUGGUCUGCAUUCCUGCCUGGAGCUGCUACAAGCUCAGCACCCUCAAGGGCUCUUUCAGAGAGAGAGUUCGCCAGCUCCUCUGCCCAGCCGAGGACCUUCCCCAGGGGCACCGAGCAGGACCCUCUGCCCGGGCCACACCCAGGACAUCACUUCUCAUCCUGACUGAGCUGGAGCCUCACCGCUAGGGGCCAGGCCCUGGGUGGUCCAGUGAACCUGGCUGCGGGCAUGAUUACAGAAGGAACACAAAGAAGCAGCCCCUCUGUGCUUCUCCAGG